AUGGAAUCGACUCUCAACCCCCAAGCAUCGUCCGAAAACGCGUCGAACAUCAAUGCCCUCGCCAAUCUCAUCCAAACCGGACAAGCCAAAAACAUCAUCGUUAUUGCCGGCGCCGGCAUCUCCACGGCCGCAGGGAUCCCUGACUUCCGAUCCCCAACAACAGGCCUCUACGAUAAACUCGCGCCGCUCAAACUCCCAUACCCCGAGGCUAUUUUCCAACUCAGCUAUUUCAAACACACACCCGAGCCAUUCUAUGCGAUCGCGCGUGCCCGACAUCCCCGGAAUCUGAAACCGACCAUUUCCCACGCUUUCUUGGCACUUCUCGCCAAGAAAGAUCUUCUGGAAUUUGUGUUCUGUCAGAACAUCGACAGCUUGGAGCUUGACGCGGGCGUCCCAAAAGAAAAAUCUCUUUCUGUACAUGGGAAUUGGAAAUCGCAGCGUUGCAAUGUCUGUCGGAAGCCGUACCCCGGAGACCUGAUGAAAGAAGCCAUCCAGAAGGGGGAGGUCCCGUACUGUUUGCACUCUGGGUGCGGAGGCGCCGUGAAGCCAGACGUCGUGUUCUUUGGAGAUUCGCUCCCCGCAGCAUUUGAUGAAGAAGUCAAGCGUCUUCCGAAUGCGGAUUUGGUUCUCGUCAUGGGGACCAGUUUGAAGGUUUAUCCUGUGGCUGGGCUACCCAGGCAGGUUGCUGAGGGCGUGCCUCGAGUGUUGAUCAAUAAUGAAAAGGCCGGGGAUAUUGGGUAUCGGCCGUCUGAUAUGUGUAUUCUGGGGUCAUGCGAUGAGACUAUCUUGGAAUUGGCUGAUGCGUUGGGGUGGAGGGAGGACUUGGAGAGUGUUUUGCAGGAAGCCAUUGCUAAGAAGGAGGAAGAGGAGCCGUACGAUGGACCCGAGAUUGAUGAGUUGAUCCAGAGAUUGGCAGAAAAGUCGAAGGAUAGUAUGGUCUCUGAGGGACAUAAGGGUAUGCUGGAGAAGCAUUUGGCGUCCAAGUUUGCUGGCGUUCUACGUGAAAAGCCGAUUGAGGGAUAA